CAUGUUACCAAGUGCAAUAGCUGGUUAGUUAAUGAUAAAACUAGCUAUCUUAAAGAAGUCAAUAAGCAAGCGAUUCCCACCCGCAAGAGAGUUAAACAUAUCCAAGAAGCUACUAUAAUUGAAGAAAAUGAAGACAACCAAAAAAGCUCAAUA